AUGGAGAAGAAGAUAUCUGCAGAAGACACUCAUAUUGCCAGCGAGGACGCCGGCUCCGGCACCGUCGUGCCCUAUCGCCAGACAAAGCGAGGCCUGGCUUCUCGACAUGUACAGCUAAUGGCGAUUGGCGGCUCUAUCGGAACAGGACUAUUCGUUGGUAUUGGGUCGCAUCUGCGUGAAGCGGGGCCGCUGUCCUUGUUCCUGGGUUAUCUUGUUUGGGGCUGUCUUUUCAUUUUGCCGGUCAAUCUGAGCGUGGGCGAGAUGGCAGCAUACCUCCCCAUCAGAGGAUCAAUAUUUGAACUCGCUGCGCGUUUUAUUGAUCCAGCCUUUGGAUUUGCCAUGGGGUGGGUAUACUUCUAUGGCGGUGUCAUGUUGGUUUGUACGGAGUACGCUGCCGUCGCAACGGUUAUGCAGUACUGGAACACAAGUGUCAAUCCAGCGGUUUGGGUUGCUAUGGCAUUGGUUGUUUGUUCGGCGCUCAAUCUUGUCGCGGUGAAAUGGUACGGCGAAAGCGAGUUCAUCAUGGCCUCGACCAAAAUCCUGCUUCUGAUCGGCCUCGUGCUACUGACCUUCAUCACCAUGGUUGGCGGCAAUCCCAGACACGACGUAUACGGUUUUCGAAACUGGAACGACGGCGCGAUGUUUGAGUAUUAUACCGAUGGUGUUACGGGUCGUUUUCUGGGCUUUUUCUCUGUUAUGGUUUAUGCUGCCUUCUCCGUGGCGGGGCCUGAUCUGCCUGCCCUGGCAGCUGGCGAAAUCCAAAAUCCUCGUUACACAAUUCCCCGUGUCGUCAAAAUGACCUUCUGGCGGAUUGUUGGGUUUUACGUCGUUGGUGUCUUGGCGGUCGGUAUCAUCUGCAAUCCACAUGACAAACGCCUCAUGUCUGCCAUUGACUCCGGGGCAGCUGGUUCCGCGGCGUCCCCGUGGGUCAUUGGGAUUCAGAAUCUUGGUAUCACCGGUCUUCCUGACCUGAUCAACGUGCUCAUCCUAUUAUCUGGCUGGUCCUGUGGAAACGCCUAUCUAUACAGCUCCAGUCGCACGCUCUACUCCCUCGCCCGAGACGGCCAAGCCCCGAAAUUCCUUCUUAAGUGUACAGCGUCGGGUAUCCCCAUCAACUGCGUGCUCGUUGUUUCUAUCCUAUCGUGUACCACUUUUCUGGUGGCCGGCUCUUCGUCUGUCACGGUCUUCUACUGGUUCGUCGAUCUAACCACCAUCGCCUUCGUCCUCACUUACACAGGCAUGCUCUGCGUGUUCAUCGCCUGGUACCGUGCUCUGAAAGCACAGGGCAUCGACCGCAAGAGCUUUGUUCCCUGGAAAUCGCCAUUCCAACCUUACUCUGCAAUUUUCGCGAUUAUCAUUGGUUGCACAACGGCCUUGUUCAAUGGCUUUUCGGUAUUCAAACCCUUUGAUGUGCAGGGCUUCAUUACUUGUUAUUUUGGCCUGGCAUUCUGGGUGGUCAUGUUUGUAUUCUGGAAGGUGUAUCAUCGAACUAGAUUAGUUGAGCCAGUUUCUGCGGACUUGCAUUCAGGAAAGGCAGAGAUUGAUGAGGAGUGUAGGGAAUGGGAAGAGGGUGGAUUGGAACAACGACGGAAGGAUGAGCUAGCGCAAAUGAGUUUUGCACGCCGAACAUGGGAGAGGAUGUGGUGA